CCGGCAGCAGCCGCAGCAGCAGCAGCAAGCACGUUGUUUUUACCACUGCGACAUAAUAUCACACCGAUAUCACCCACUCACGCUCACUCACCUGAGCGCCCCACCCCCACUGCCCUCUACCGCCAUCGCGCCGCCGACGGCAUUGACGCCGUCUCAGUCGAGUUCCGCACGGCUCUCGAUAGAAGAUAUUCUAUUCCGCCGCGCCGCCACUCUAACCUAUAACAACAACAACAACAACAAACCUUUUCGCCGUCGUUGUUUUCACGAACGUACAAAAAACCCUUUGAGGCGAAAAAGAAGUCGAUCUUCGCGUACACCGCGGAUACUUGAACCCGCGCGUAAACUUUUAUGUUCUUCUUGUGUGAAACCGGCUGAUUUUGUUUAGCCGUUGCGUCAGUUUAAAAGUGGAGGUCUUGAGCGCCCUUAAGAGAGGCAGGCAGGGAGACUCACGGGUCCCUGCAACUACCACUUCCACCACGCCGCCUCCGUCCCUUAAGAGGGCCAAGCACGAGGGUGUAGUUCAACAACAACUGCAGCAGCAGGAUAUGGAAGCACCCCUCGGCGUUGCCCUUAGUCAAAGCAUGGAUUCGGUUAACACUAAUAACGGAGAGGAAGAGGUAAAUGAUUUAUCCAGAAUCCAAGUAUUGGUCCGAACAUUAUUUGUAAGCGGUCUCCCCAUGGAUGCCAAGCCUCGUGAAUUAUACCUUCUAUUUAGGGCGUACGAGGGCUACGAAGGCUCGUUGUUAAAAGUCACCAGCAAAAAUGGAAAAACAGCAUCGCCUGUUGGUUUUGUCACGUUCAACACACGAGCUGGAGCAGAGGCAGCAAAACAAGAUUUACAGCAGGGCGUACGGUUUGACCCGGACAUGCCACAGACCAUCCGACUGGAAUUUGCUAAAAGUAACACCAAGGUUAGCAAGCCCAAACAGCAAGCUGCUAACUCAGCCAACACGCACCCAACUUUGAUGCACCCCCUCACAGGACCAUUUUAUAUUUCAGACCUCGGCACACCGUUCUUUCCCGGUGGCCCGGAACUUUGGCAUCAUCCACUCGCAUAUUCCGCAGCAGCCGCGGCUGCCGCAGCAGCAGAACUGCCAGGAGCAGCCGCCCUUCAACACGCAACACUCGUGCACCCGGCGUUGCAUCCCCAGGUGCCACCAUCAAUAUCAAUGCCACAUCCGACUGCUUUAACAUCAGUGCAUGCUGCGGCUUCAUUGCCGCACUUUCUGCCUAGUCCCGCUCUGGCAUCCCCAGUGGGAUCCAGCUCAUCACAGCCCGGAAUGGGGGUGAACAAUCCGCCUUGUUCUACACUUUUCGUGGCUAAUUUGGGACAGUUCGUCUCGGAGCAUGAAUUGAAGGAGAUUUUCGCAAGCUUUCCCGGCUUCUGCCACCUACGCAUACAUGCCAACAAGCAAGGCCAUCUAACUGCCAAUGGAAAUGGUCAUAUAGUCGGUACGGCUGCCACUGCCGGUACUGCCGGUGCCACCAUGGCGACCGGUACUUCCCCGGUCGCAUUUGUUGAAUACCGCGACGUUGGGGGCGCCACUAACGUGAUGACUCAGCUUCAGGGUACCUAUCUGUUAUCUUCGGACCGCGGCCCCAUCAGAAUCGAAUAUGCCAGAAGCAAAAUGGCCGUAAUGGCUGCAGAGGGAACAAAAGGAGAAGAAAAUGGACAAUCUUAAUUCUUACUUGCCGCUCAGUACUUGACAAAAAGCAAUCUUGAUGCAUGGCUACAGCUAAAUGGCGCGAUGGUCAGCUUCUAUUACCAAUGACUGGGAAGCUUUAUUUACAUAAUUGAAAACUCUAUGGCAAAUCCUAACAUUAUAUCUGUUAUCUGAUGUAGAAUAUCUUAUUCUAUUUAGAUAGGAACGACUCUUAUCAAAGGAGAUCGCUAAAUAUUCUAUACUUUUUAUUUAUUAAUACAGUUUCUAAAUGUUACUAAUCAUAAAUGUUUAGAUUAUUUUCAAUAUAAUAAUAUCUGAGAUUUCUAUCUAACUUACAAGUCUAUUAAAAGAUAUGUUAAGUAACAUUUAGAAAUUGUAAUAUUUUUACCUAUACUGAAGAUAAGCUAAACCAAAGGUGCCCUAAAAGUUAAGUUUUAGAGUUAAUAAUAUUGAAAGAAAAGUAAUAGUACUACUAGUACCAUUAAUAUUUUAGUUAUUUUAACUGACAUAGUUUAAACAAUGUCUGUUUAAUUAGGUAGUCUUUUCUGACGCGGUUUUUCAGCUGGUAGACGAAUCCCUGUGAAUUUUUGCGGCAUUUGAUAAAAAAAAGGUUAUAGCUGGGAAAUGCUAGCUCUAAUUAAGUAAGCUAAAUAAAAACUCAAUAUCGUCAAUAUCUAAUAAUUUAAACGUCCAUUUUAUAGCAAUUGCGGAUUAACAUAUUUUAUCUAUUUUUCGUUUAAUUUGUAUUUUGACAUUAGGAUCUUCACUGUAUAUCGACACCACAGUAUUUUAAAAUUUUAAUAAAUUUAUUGAAUCUUAUGAUUAGAUUAUGUACAGGGUUUUUCCGUAGAAGCACAAUAUUCAUCUCUUUAAUAAUAUCGAUGAUUUUUUAUUUAUACUCUAAUUAGUUUUUUUUGCUUAUUUCAAAAUUUAAUACUUCUCAGAAACAUAAAAUAAAAAUAAAUUUUCUCAAAUUUAGAUUAAUAAUUAAUGAAGUUUUAUAUGAUUGUUCACGUAUUAAAGAGAUGAAUUUCGGCCGUAAUGAUGGAAAUCGACCUGUGCCUUAUUAAAUAUUUAAUAAACAAAAAAAUGUAAAUUAGUUAAUUGUACUGUAAAUUGUAAUUUACCCAAGUGCCCCUUAUAUUCUAGUGUUUAUUUGCACCAACUUAUGAAGGUCCUAAUGAGUUUUUCUUAAAGUUUCUAAUGAGAUACUUAAUUUAGUUCUUGUAAAAAUAUCAAGGGAUGAGUAUCUGAUUUAGUAAGUAUAUCCUGUAGAUUAAAAUAAAACGAAAUCGUUCUCUUAAAAUAAAAAGUUUUUAAUGCUCUCAAAAGUAAUAAAAUAUCUAAGAUGAGUUCUCUCGGAACAUUUUUAACUAAAUUUAUUAAUAUUAAUUAAUAAUUCUUAAUACUGUUCAUUACUGAGAGCUUUAAAAAACUUAUUCAAUAUUAGUUGCAAUUGCAGAGGACAAGUCCAAUGACAAACAUAUCAAUUAAAUUGUAAAUUAAAAAAAAGUUACUCUCUGAAAUAAAGCUAUUUAUAAAUCUAUUAGAGUACUUUCUAAUCUAUUAGGCAAAGAUUAAGAUUUAACACCCAUUAUGAGGAAGUUAAGCUUACAAUUAGAUAAAUUUUGAAAAUAAAAAUUAUUAGAUGUAAUUUAACUGUAAGGAGCUUUUUUGCUUAUAAAUUUAAUCUAAUGUUACUUUGUAGCAGUUAAAUACAAGCAUUUGUUAUCUUGCAAUAUAAAAAAUGCAUGAAAUUUAUAAAAGUAGUUUAACUGAAUAGUUUUAAUAGUAAUAAGUUGCUGUACCUUAAAAUUAGUAUAGUAGCUAGAACCUUUGUACCCAUAUUUUAGAAACCCCUGUGGUAUAAAAUCUAUCUUGAUUAUUGUAAUAGCACAACUUUAUUUCUUAUUUGUCGGUAAGAUAAAAAAAAAUCGAAAAAAUUCAAGGAAAAGUAGUUCAAAAAUCACUGUUUUCUUUAAAAAUCUUAAGAGGCUUCUUAAACAAUUAAAAGUAUGGCUACAUAGGUUGAUUAACCAAAGUUUAAAUUUAAAUAGAUGAACUUAAUAUAUUAUACUAAUUUUAAUCUUGUUAUUUUAAGGAUUUGAUUAACAAUUAUUUUUAUAUGAUUUUAUAAUUUUUUUACAUUACCAGUAGCCCCUUGUAAUAAAUUCUUUAAUUAUUGUCGCCAGCGAUUAAUUCUUUAAAUGUCAUUUUUACAAUACAGAGUAUUAAUAAGGCAUGUACAGUGUAUUUGCGCUAGAAGAUGUGAUCGUCUUGUUACACCUUUAAAAACUUAAUUUUUUUAUGAUUUUUUAUGAUUUUUCAUUGGUUUACUUGUUCUUGAAUACACAUUUAGGGAAUAGGAAACCCGAUAUUUUGGAAUCUAAUCACGGCCAACAGCUACAACUUAAAAAAAAUGAAACUACAUUUAUUAAUUUUAAAAAAAUCAUUAACAUUUUGCUGCGUAAAUUCAUAUGACAAUAGCAACAUUUCUCAAAUAUUUUUUUCAUUUUGUAGUAGGCAAUUCUUUAACUAGUAGUUUUUAAAAAAAUUUACUUUCAUGGGAGUUUUUUUGUUCGUAUUCAGUAGAGUUGUGUCAUUUGCAAACAAGAUGUAUAUGAUUGGUAUAGCAAAGAAGUAUGGGACAAAAAACUGCUCCAUGAGUUACCCAUUUAUUGUUCUUUUUAAUUUUUCCUUCUAGUACGAGACAGUAAUAACAGGAAAAAAAAUAAUGCACUGUAUGUAUUAAAAUUAACAUAUUAUUCAUACCUUAUCCUAUAAAUGUUUAUUAUAUAACGUCUUGAAAUACAGUCAAACAUUUUGGUUAAAUCAAAAAAUUAAUAAUGUUGUAGCUGUUUAAUUGCAAAUAAUGUCACUUAACACUUUUCUAAGGGGAAUUAAAAUAUUGUUUUAACUUAAGUUUAAGUAUUUUUGAACAUAUAAGAUAUACGAUUAAUACACUUAGUUACUUAUCUAAUUAUUAGCUGACAAACAGGGAUUGAAAAACAAUUUUUAUUACGAUCUAAAGAAUAAAAAUAUGUAAUUUUUAAAAGAUUUUCCUGGGACAUUAAUUAUUCUAAGAUACAAAGACCCUCGUGCUGGGUCCAAGCCAAGCAGACAAAAACAUUAAUACUUGGCGAGGAAGUUGUGACAAACAUAUAUAAAUUUUCACUAUACAAUAUUUUUCUGCGACAUUUUUAUCCAAUUUUUAUUUUGUUUCCAAAUUCAUGCAUUUUGUAAGAUAUUUGUAUAAAAUUUAAUAUAAUCUCAGUAAAAGAUAAACAAUAUAUAGCGAAAAUUAACAAAUAUUAAUGCUAAUAUAAUCAAGAAAAAAGAUAAAAAAUUGAAGUUCGUUUAACGUUGUCUGCUCAAGCUGUUAAAGCUAUAAAUUUUAAAAUUGCAUCUCUUCCUGUGACAUUUCUAUAGUUAUAUGUCUUUUGGUAGCUACAGGAUCAAUAAUAUAAAUCACUUUCAGAAAUUCCUAAGAAUGUUCACCAAAAGUUUGGUGGAAUAUUGGCUGCUAUCCAUAAAUCUUUAUCGGUUUUCUUCUUUUUUAAAACAAAAACGUGAUAUGGUUAAAAAUAAAAAUAUAAUAUAAUAAAAUUUUAUUGAAAAUAAUGCCCAACAGCUCUUCAAUUUUUCAUUCGCUAAAUGUAAGUUUCAAAAAUUAAAUAAAAAUUCUCUAAAAUUAAACUUUUUAUAGGGGGUGUUAUCCUUUAAUGUGGGCAAUAUGAAAAAUACGGUUCCUAAAUAAUGAACUUUAAACUUAACAGUAAGAUCAUAAAAAUACAUGCCCAAUUAUUACUUUGUAUAAAAAUGUUUACAUAUCCAAUAAAUACAAUAGAGAUUUUAAUUUGCUCAUAUCAACAAUAGUGUUUGAGAUGGCGGCUCUUCAAUCUUGCUUUAUGAUUCUAAAUUUAAAAGUAGACUAAUCAUUAUAUUCUUAUUACUAAAUAGUGUCGUAGUGCUUUUCGUGUGAAUUUAUGUGAUAUAUUCUAUCUAAUACUAUCAUAUAGGUAUAAAAGCAGUCCUGUUUUAUUGCCGUUAACUUUAUUAUAAAUGCAAAAACAUUUUCAUCUUAUUGAAACACGUUUAAUUGAAAUGCAUUAAUUAAUAAUAUUCAUUAAAUAAAUAUUUUAUAAGUUGGGUUACGGCAACACAAAAUCGGCUGCUUUAUUUUUAUCAGGUCUCCUGGAGGAUUUAAUUAUAUACCUUCUAGUUUAUUGUUUCUUAAUGUGACAAGUCAAUUAGAUCUACAUAGUAUAGAGAUUAUUAAUAUUCCUUCGUGGAGACCAAAUUGCAGGUAAAAAGCGGGUAGCAUUGAUUUUAUUACCUAUAUCACUUAAUUUUUAUGGAUGCAGAGUAUUAAUAUCAAUUUAAGGAAUUUCUAGAAAUAAAAGACGAAAGCGUCUAAAAAAAAGAAUAAAUACAAAAAAAUAAAAACGAUUGAAUAUACUAGAGAUAAUAUUAUGCAGCUUUAAUUCUAGUAGGAAAGAGAUAGGGAACUUUAUUGACUAUUUAGUUGGGUUAACUUUGCAAAAAUGAUCUCUCAUUGGGGAAUUUAACUUAUUUGUUACACUCAUUUUAUAUUUUUCUUCUUCCUCAUUAAAUAAUUAAUUUAAAAUAAGAUCAAAUAUUAACAAAUAAACAUAUAAAAUAACUAUUAAUCUAUUUACAAGAAAUCAGGUCAAUUUUAAAUGCAUCUCUAAAUGCUUACAAAUAAGUUUUUAAAAUAUUUUGUCAAUUUCAGAUGCUCUGAUAUAGGCUUUUUUUAAUUAAUUGAUAAUUGGAUUGCUCAAAAGUUAAAUGUUAAGUGGUAGAUCUAAAAAAACUUUCUAUGUAAAGUUGUCAAAUUACGGUUGCAACUAUGAUUUACUGCAUUAAGGUUUUCAUGAUUAUUUCUCUUUUGGUCAAAAAUAUAGUUCAUCUGAUCACAAAACUUUGUCAAAAAUUCUGUUCUGAUUCCAGUAAAAUUGUAUUUAUUUUUUUUGCUUAAAGCGUUCGUGAAAAUCAACUAAAACAAAGUUUAAAUUUAUAUAAAGGUACAUACGUGCAAGUCAAAAUAGGUAAUAAUAAAAUUUAAAUAUAAAACUUGUUUCACAAAUUUAAGGAAAUAACAAAAUUUGACAAAAAACUCCACAGGAGACAAAAAUUAUCUAUACUAUUACUUAUUCUUAUUUUUAGUUAUUCAAGAGCAGUGAAGUUUUUUAUAUAAAUCAAUACACACGUUUUUGUCAAAAACACAAUAAUAUUUGGUGAAAAAAUGGUCAAUAUUUAAACAAAUUAAUAUGGUAAUAAAGAAAAUAAGUGCUACCCGUUCUGCGUUAUAUUUCCGUCCAAAAUUAAAUAUGUCUACUGACAUAAUAUAAUGGAGAUCCUUGUUGCCCUUGACCAAUGCAUUACAAAGGAUUUAAAGUUUUAGAUUCAUGAACUUUGAAACUUUUGUAUUUCUUUGAAAUCAACCAACUCGGGUCUCGGUAAGGUGGGCUCAGGAUGCAGCGUAUAUUUGCUGUCGAUCCUGACAUUUCGGGGACUACAUAAAUACAUAUCAGCUUAAACUUAAUGUAAAAUUUAAAAAAAAGUGUUAUAUAUUAUGCAAUCCGACCCCUAGAUGUCGUCUUAUAACUAUGUUAUAAUAAUAUAUUAUAUUAAUCGAACAUUAAAAUGUGUGGUUGUUAGUUUUAGUAAAGAGAAACUUUGUCUUCGUGUAACAAAGUGUAGGUCGGAUAAAGAAGAAAUGUAGGGAAUAUUAUGUAAUUCCUGGCAUAAUGUUUAAUCUUUAUUUAUCUUCUUAAAACCUCAACGAGUUUUUGUUAAAGAAAAAAGAGCUCGGCUUUAGGAAAAACUGCAAUUUUUACAGGAAAAAGAACUUUGAAAAAAUAUUUUUAACGCUUCUGUCGAUUUUAAUAAAACCUUACUAAACCAAAGAGCUAUAAAUAUUCCAUCGACAAAGACUGGUUCAAUAAGCAACACUAUGGGAAUUGGAUAUUGAGCAGCAAGCCGCUACAUCCUUUAACUUACAAAAAAUCCUAUUCAAUUCACCAUGUUGUUUUUUGUGCCAGUAGCUUUUAAAAUUUCUAAUCAGAAUUUCUUUUGUUUUUAUUAACCAGUGUCUCACAGGUAAAUUAAAAGGGAUUACCUUCGUAAUCUUAAUGCACAUCCAGCUUUGAUCGUAACAUUUAAUUUACCUGUGAGACACUGGUUAAUAAAAACAGAAGAAAUUCUGAUUAGAAAUUUUAAAAGCCAUAACAAAUAUAUUUGGAUUCAUCCGUGAUGCUAAUUUCUACUAUCGACGCAUUUCACUAGAAAUUGCCACUAAAUGAUAUUCUCUGGAUCUCUCGACCUGGAAACCUUGGACGUCUUGGAUCAAAUACAAUAUUUGUUUGGUAAAUCUAUAUUUAGUUUAAAAAUUUCAUUUAAAGUUUUUAGACCAUUCACCCUAUGAUGAUAUUUUUCUGCAUGAAAAAGAACUUGGCGACUUGCUGGGACACCCUUAAAAAAGUCCAAAUAAAAGUCCAAUUGGUCCAGUAGAUGUUUAUUAAAUGAUCAUAUAAACCAUAAAGUUUAAUUUUAAUCGAAAAAAUCGUAAAAAAUUUUUAACUUAAUAAUUUUGUGUCACCACGUUAUACAAUUUACGUUUAAAUGAUUACUUACGUCAAGAAUUAUAUAAAUAUGCGAUAUGAAAUAUGUGAUAAAUUAUCAACGUUAUAUAACUAGCCACAAUCGCCUUCUCUGCUUUAGGUAAUAGGGUUAUAUACUAAAAAGUUAAUAAAUAAAGAAAGAUUUCCAAACAUAUCAUGAACAGUGCCCCUUGUCAAGUGACACUUAAAGUUUAGAGUUUAACAAUGUGUAAUGGUAAAAAUUUGAUAAUGUUUAAGAUUUACAAAGUAGAUGAAUUAUUAUGACUUCUUAAAAAGUAAAUUAAUAAUAAUCGCUAACGCUGAGUAUAUAUACACAGAAGACCUUAUCCCUUAUAGUAAACUGUGUUUCUAUAAUGGCUAAAAAAUAUAAGUGUAGACGGGCAUAUUUUAUUAAAACACUAGUGCAUGAAACUGCCUUUUUUAGAAAUUGUAGGAAAACGAAAUAUCUUUUAGAUGUUGCAGAUUUGUAAUUUUUCAGUUUUUUAAUACUUAUAUUUUUAAAAUAUUAGGUACUCUAUAUUACUGUAGCAAAAAGGCCUUUAUGUUCGUUUGUUUAUUUAAAUAUAUAUUGUGUUUCUUAUAAACACCUAUAAUGAAGUCAAUUUUACAUGUGAAAAUAUAAACCUAAUCAUAAAAUUGUUAUGAAGUAGCACAUAACAUAAAGAACGCAGUAAUUGAGCAUUAUAAAAACAAAGUGUUGCUUAUUUGAGUAGCUAUGAACCAUUGAUUGAUAAACUUAAUUUGAUAAUAUAAGAAACGAAAUGAAUAUAUUUUUAAAAACAUAUAAUGAUUUUUAAAGUUAGUAUAUGGUAUCACCUUGUUCUUAUAAUUUCUUUAAAUCGAACUUGAGGUCUCUUUCUUUUGUUUAUUUUUAACGUUUGAUUUUAGAUAUAAAACUCAACCAUGUGUUUGUACCCAGGUUAGCAUUUUGUUUAAGUAGCUGCCUCUUGAUAUUUUAUAAUUUAUUUUUUAUAAAAAAAAGAAAGAAGCUUUGCUCUUGCUAAAAUCAGUCGACAAAAGCUAAAAUAAAAUAUCUUUUGGUAGCCUUAAACGUAGCCUUGAUAAAAAAUAUUAAUCGACCAGAAAAUGCAUAUCUUUAAUGUUACAUGAAACAGUAUGUAGCAUAUCUAUUUAAUUGUAAAGUGUGUCGGCAAAUUCUAAUCUAUAACUAGUUACUGUUAAUAAAGAAUAGCUUUACAGAGAUUAGAGAAACCUGGUCAACUAUUUUAUGUCAUAUUUAGAUUUCCAUACCGGUAACAAAAUAACAAAAUUUGUUUUACCUUGACUUCUAAGUGAAAAUUCAACUAUUUGGAAAGUAAUUAAUGGUGUUACUAGUCGAAAUGUAUCUACUACUUAACUUACCCCGCCAUCUUGCCCUGUUAUCUCGGAUUAUACAGAAAAGCAUUCCAAACAAGAUUAUAUUACCUGACAAUGUACUUAGCUAUAAAUUGUAUAGGGUCCAAAAGAUGGGAAAUAAAUAUGUAUUAAAAAUAACCAAAAA